CUCCUCCUCCUCCUCCUCCUCCAAUAGCGGCGUUAAUGGCAUCGUGCGCCUCCGCCUACUCCUCCUCCUCCUCCUCCUCUCUCUCCCCAUGGAGCAUGGCCUCGCUCCGCUCCGCUCUCCCCUGUCCCCCCUCUAACUCCUCCCUCUGCUUCGCCCCACAUCCUCGCUCGGCGCGGCUCGUGUCGAGUCCCAAAGGAUCGACCAAUCGCUUGCGGUCCUUCUCCGGCCUCGCCCCCGUGGCCCCUCUUCUUUCCAACGAUCUCGAUAACGCAAGCUUUGAACACGGAUUUUUUGGAAUCACCAAUGGUAGCAAGUUCUAUGCAAUGCGACACGGGAAACGCGUCCCGAAGCUGAACAGACCGCCCGAUCAGCGGCGAGCGCUUCUCCGCGGCCUCACCACUCAGCUGUUGAAACACGGUAGGAUCAAAACCACUAGAGCAAGAGCGAGCGCAAUGAGGAAGUAUGUGGACAAGAUGAUAACUUUGGCAAAGGAUGGGUCUCUGCAUAAGAGGAGACAGGCACUGGGUUUCAUCUACGAGAAGCAGAUAGUCCACGCCUUGUUUGCGGAGGUGGAAGAUAGAUACGGAGAAAGGAAUGGAGGGUACACACGAAUCAUCAGGACCCUACCGAGAAGGGGAGACAAUGCACCGAUGGCGUACAUCGAACUUGUUUAGACUUUGUUUUGUUUAAUUAGAAGUUUCUGGAGCCAUCUGCUGAUGUUCUGCCACUCAUGCCUUCAUCAAUGCCGUCGACAAGAACGAUCUUAUGGCGAACAUUAUGUUUCUUGUUAUUCCUGCCUCAAGAUGUGCAAACAUUAUGGCGAAUGUUAAUCCUCAUCUUUUCGUUUUCUGAUUUUAGAUCUUCUUGUAAUUGCUGUUAUCUUAUAAAACUUCCCCAAUUUUGGCUGGCACUUUCUCAUUCUUUUUGAAAAUCUGAA